GUACGGAGGCCAAUACGAUUCGGUAGCCUUGUUCGAGCUUCUCUUCUGUCCAUUGUAGCCAGCGCAAGCAGUUCGGUGUUCGAAGUGUUCCUCCAUAGGAAAAAAGUGAUCAUAAAUUAGUGCUAUUUGAACGGUGAAAUUCUCCGGGAAAUUACUCCGAUCUUUUUUCGUAACCGCUAAAAACAAAAACCAAAUUUCAAAAUGGCCGAGAAACCAAAGCGUCCUCUGUCCGCCUACAUGCUGUGGCUGAACUCUGCCCGCGAACAGAUCAAGAAGGAGAACCCCGGCAUCAAGGUCACCGAAAUCGCCAAGCGAGGUGGUGAAUUGUGGAGAGCCAUGAAGGACAAGAGCGAAUGGGAAAACAAGGCCGCCAAGAUGAAGGACGAGUACAACAAGGCCGUCCAGGAGUUUGAGCGAAAUGGCGGCGGCAAGGACGCCGGCAAGGGCAAGAAGAGCAAGGGUGCCAAGAAGGUCGUGAAGAAGAGCAAAAAGAAGGACUCCGAAGAUGACGAUGAUGAGUCCGGAGAGGAAAGCGACUGAACUAAUUAAUCUAAAAUUAGAGCAAACACCCCCCACAACAACACAGUAAAAAAUACAAAAAAAAACUUAUUUUUAAUUUAUUGUAUAAAUGUUCGGGGCCUUACUUCUCAUGAGCAGUAUAAAGCAAAAAACCGGUCAGUGAAACAGAUUUUAGAUCAGAACGAAAUUCAAAACACACUAAACUUAGAAAAGCAACCUUAGAGGCAAGCAGAAAACGACGAAAAAACAUUUGGACCUGAGCUUGCGGAAUCAGCUAAAUUCAAACCCAAGUAGGCGAAUUGGAAUGGCGAACGCGCGCCCGCGUGCGCGUGCUGUGUGAAGUGAAAGUUUGAUAUUUUUUCGUCUGACUACACUCUAAAUGUAAACCUGACAAAACAACACACACACAAACCAACAUACAAAAUUACAAAACCGACGUAUUUUCUCUUACACACCAGGAACUUUUUCAUUUUUACCUUUUUCACACACACAUUCAUAAUGUGCAUCCAACUUAUGUUUUUUUUAAGGAAGGCCAUGUAAUAUUAAAUGCAAGAGUAACGUAAAAAUACAAAAUAAAAAACCAGAAAAAAAAUCUACAAAAAAAGGAAGCAUACCUAAUUUUAAGUUAAUUAAAAUGUGUAUGAAGAAAAAGGACAAAAAAAUCUGUAUUCUUAGGUCAAGAAAAACGAAAACAAGAAAAAGUAAGACAUUGUCGUAGAUGUACUCUCUCAGUUCAAAAGAAUUAACCAACAUCAAAGCAACAGAGACGCGUAAAUAUUAUUACAAACAAUUAGAUAAACUUACCCGAGUGCGUGUGUGCGUGAGUGACGAGUGUGGCGAGUUAUCGUCCCGCUCUUGUCACCCACCUACUCCCCUCCCCUCUGCUGUGUAGUAGGAUUUUUCUUUCUCUAGUGUAUCUAGCGUGUACCUCUACCCCCUUGUAUGUAAGAACAACAAAAAACAAUGGAACUCCGUUUUCUCAUUUUUGUUUUCUCUCUCAAUCGUGUCGAUUGAUUGAAAUGUGGAAAGAUCGUAUCUUGAAUUUGAAUAAAAUACAAAAAAAAAACAAUAAAAUUAAA